AUGUACCUCAUCCACUGGCCAGUUAUCACUUUUGCCAAAGAAUUAUACUACGACGGGAUCGAUAUUGACGCAUACGGCUACGGCAUGAUGGUUGUCCUAACCAUCACAUUGACAAUUCUGGCUCAUCAUCUGGUUGAAAAUCCCUUGACACUGGUUUCGCUAUUGAAAGGGAAAGGGAAAUUCGAUGUUUUUGUGGCCGGAAAUUCCUACCUACAAAAAUACCGUAGAUGGCCGGACAAGAUUUUCCGAGGUCGCUAUCGGAAGUAUUAUCAUAUGGAUGGAGAUACUUGUGUCCCAUUCUUCAACUACACCGGAAUUCACAGCAUGGGCUGGGGAUGCGAAAGUUUUACCAAAAAAAUCCACUGCGACGUGUUCGAUUACGACUGCCAAAAGCUGCUCUACGAUUGGGGGAGGCAGACAUCCUACGGACUAUGGGAGGAGUCGAUAUCAGCCAGCAUACGAAUUUGUGGUAAACCGAGUGUCCCGUGGUUCACCAUCGACCUCGAUGCCCCGGCCAAGACCCGAUAUGCCCAGAUCGCUCGCGUCUACAAGGACCAGAUCCCGCCAGUUCUUGAUGUGUUGCGUCAAAUGGUCGCUAUGAUCGUCGGAGAUCUUCCGCUUUUCGAGGUCCUCGAGUCGUUCUUCCGAGACGCAUUUGAGGGUGGACGCUACCCUCAGCCGUACAGAGAUGAGAUUCAGGGAAUCGCCGAUGCCUCCGGUGUCCCCGUUGAACAAAUCGCGAUGAUGAACGUCUUCUACGAAUUGUCCCGUUAUUGCACAUCCAUCGUUGCCGAGGACGCCACCGGUGGAAUGUGGCAUGGACG